UCUCUGCUUCGUGCUGUUUUCAACCGUCGUCGGCAGUCUGAGUAGAACUUUCGUAUACGCAAUACAGUCCGAGUGUGAAAAUAAACAACAUCAAAAUAAUGGUGUUCAAUACAUUGCUUUGUUGCAGCAUAAAAGUGUUACUGUUUCAAUGAAAAAAUUAUCGCCAAAUGUGUUAUUAUUGUCGUUUUGUACUAGAAAAUGGCGGCUGUUGUUUUGCAUAAAUCGAAUACUAUGAAUAUCGGUCAUCAAAAUCUUUCCCGAUCGCUGGAACGCAUUUUAGAAGAUGCGGCCCUAAGCGGUGAAUUAAAACUAAGUUGCAGAAAGCUAAAAGAUUUUCCCAAAAUCAUAUCCAAAUAUAACCUUAGUGAUACAGUCAUUGCGGAUCUGUCCCGCAAUCGCUUCUGUGAACUUCCCGAAGAUGUUACAAAUUUUCCCUUCCUCGAAACGUUGCUGGUCUACCACAAUACGUUGCGAACGAUUCCGGAAACAGUUCGUGGUCUUCACUCACUCUCAUACUUAGAUUUAAGGAGCAAUCAAUUAUCUGUGUUACCACGAGAAAUAUGCUUAUUGCCACUACAAGUACUUCUAGUCUCCAACAAUCGUUUGCUAUCUCUUCCCGAAGAACUUGGUCGCAUGGAUCUACUCACUGAAUUGGACGUGUCGUGCAAUCAAAUUACUCAUCUUCCAGCCAGAAUGAGUGAUCUAAAAAGUCUAAAAUCAUUGUCGCUACGUUCAAAUCAGUUAGUUUAUUUACCCAAAGAAGUAACCUGUCUUCAAUUGGUUUCAUUAGACAUAAGUUGUAAUCGAAUUGCAACACUACCGGUUGAAUUGAGGCUAAUGACUUCGUUGGUUAGCUUAGAAUUGGAAAAUAAUCCACUGACGUCGCCUCCGGCUAGUUUGUGCGUUCGCGGUCUGGUUCACGUUUUCAAAUUCCUCGACAAUGCAGCGACAAAAGAUGAAAAAACGAGAGCCGGUGGAAAUUUCGAUGGUCACACCACAUUACGUCGUACGAUACAAACAAAGCACAAUGCUAGCGUUAUCGAUGGUCAGAAGGGACGGCGUCAACAUGUAGAUUCUGGAUACAGUACAAGUGAUGGUCUGGACAAGCGAUGGUCCCAAGAAGCCCCAUCUUCCAAUGAAAACGGUGCAAAAUGGUCACCGACACCACUGCACAUUCGAUCCGAAAAUGAUGGAUCGUCGCCAAUUCAUACGGUUGUUGAUGAUGAGUGUAAACGGCCCGGUGCGGCGGGUGUGAACGGAUGUGUGCCAAAAGAUGAACAGAGGAAGACAAUUAGUAACGGUAGUCACAGUAACAGUAACGGUGAGUCUCCGGAUGGAGAUUAUACACCUGACAGUCACAAGUUUAAGUCGUUAGGAAACGUUCAAACAUAUAGAGAAUACAAAGAAGCUCUGCGCCAACAACGAAAUCAAGACUCCACGGCAAUCUACCGACCCAAGGAACAACAAACACCAACCGAUAGCACCCCGUCGAGCACCGACUCGCCCACAUCAUUUAAAUCCCAAAAUUCCACUCCAUCACCGACCAUCUUUAGCAGUAACCAAAGUUCUCCCACAUCACCACAUCCAACGCAAAAGUCGAGUUUAUUGGAUCAGAAGAAUAAAAAUGGCCAAAGUAAUGGCAAAACAAUCAAAUCAAGUGUAACCUUUGCCAAUCCAGAAAACGAUAAUCUUGUCAACAAAACAGCCAAUAAAAUCAACAAAAAUGAUGAGUCUGAUGGAUCGGCACCGACAGGCCUUAAGAAACCAGUGCAAAAAGUCACUCCGUCACGAAACACGAACGCAACAUAUCAGAGUCCGACGAAUUGGACGAUCAAUGGAAAUCACAAAACGGUUGAGAUAACCACCACUGUAACCAAGGAGUAUAAUGUCUAUGUGAAACCAAGCAGUCCAACGAAAUCGGUCCAGGCCACUAUGAGCUACAAUAAUGUUCCAACACCGACACUGGUUAGUUCGAAUGGCAAAGCGAAUGGGACAAAUAAAGUGGGACCGAAACAGAACAGAACCGUUUCUUGGAACCGAGACAUCCCAGCUGAAAAACUAAGCUUUACGAUGAGACGAGAGUUCGACAAGCAGAAGGAAGAAACCGAACUCAUUGAGCAGUUACGGAAGAUCAUCGAAAGUCGUCUGAAAAUGUCGCUUCCAAAAGAUAUUUCUUCUGCCUUGAUCGAUGGUGUCGUUCUAUGUCAUUUGGCCAAUCAUGUGCGUCCUAGAUCUGUUGCCAGCAUUCAUGUACCAUCCGCUGCAGUUCCCAAAUUAACAAUGGCUCGAGCUCGACGGAAUGUUGAUAAUUUCUUGAACGCAUGCCGUAGCAUUGGAGUCGAUGAGAACCUAAUGUGUUGUGCUGCUGAUGUGCUGGAGGGGAAAGGAGCUGUGCAAGUUUCAAUUACUGUGACAGAACUACUGAAAUUUCAUAGUCAACGCAUAACGUCACCAGCCAAAAGUCCUGUGAAUGCUAAGUCAAAUGUUUCGUCAAGCUUACCGCCGACCACAUCACCUGCUUAAAUGUGUUUGGUUACGGAACAAUCAAAUUGAAUCCAUUGAACAAGGAAUUGUGGAAUAUAUUGUUUGACGUUUGUCUGUACAAUUUCAACGUAGUUUGUGACAACAAUUUGUCUAUUUAAAUAUUUAAUAAAAUAUAAACGAAACGAGUGUUUAGCGUGUGUAAAAUAUAGCUCGGUAUUUUAGCUAGAAAUAUAAUUUUACACAAAACAAAAAUGAAAUAAAUUUUUACGCAUCAAGUUAAACAUAGUUACUAUAGAGCCUAACAAAAGAAGCAUCAUCACAAAAUGACAACAUCAACGUUAUGGUUGAUGAAUAUUGCAUUGAACAAGAUGAACAUUUAUUUCGAUCGUAGCCACUUUAGUUAUACACAAAAAAGUUAUGACCGAAAAUUGAAAGAACGGAAAAGCAUGACAUUUUGUUUUAAAGAGAAAUUUGCAUUUAUUGUUCCCCAAACUGAUCUCACAAAAUCAUUUCGUCAAAAAAAUUAUUUAAAUUCUUCUAAGGCUCGGAAUCAGAUUGACCUGAUCCUAAGUUCAGAUUACCUAAAUCUAGAAUCCUGAACGUGACCACAUCUGACCUGUGAGUAAUUUGGUGAUCAGGUGAAAGUAAGUCAGGUAACAGACCUACCUGGAAAAUUAUAUGAAUAUUUCUGGUACACUUAAAACCUGACUUGGCAGGUUAUCGAAAAUCAGGUUCAGAUGAAUUUUUAUUUCUAAGAAUCUGAGGACAAAAUCAGGUCAGUCAUCACGUCAAUGUAUGGUCGACCUGUUCCGAGUCUUAAACUGUUCCAAAAAUUACUUUCAUCCCAUUUUUCUAUUCCAAAUUUUCUUUGAUUUCGCCAAAAAAAUAUCAUCCGCCGAUGGAUGAUAACAUCUUGAUUCUUCCAUUCAAUUUCCAUCCGUCUAUUCGAAAAUCAGAUAAAUUAAACUAACAAAACAAAAAAAAAACUAAAAAUUUAGAAACUAACUAACGGAACAAAGUAAAGGUGCCAAAGACUUUUUUUUUAAGAAACUAAAAGCAAAACGCCACGACAAACUGAAUAGUUGUGAUUAGAUUGGACUGAAUGAAUUGUAGAUGUUACUUGAAGAAUGAAAAUUUUUUUUGUAGAAUUUUUUUACUGCUAGAAAACAUUAAUGUUUAACCGUGACAUAGUAAUAGUAACAGGUGUAAGUAGAACCGAAAGUCCAACAAAAAUCAAUUUUAAAACUAAAAGCAAACUAUUUUUAAUCUUUCAAAAUCCUGUUUGGCUAACACAAUACGAUGCACAAAAUACAAUAGUGAAUACAUAAUGCAAGUGAUACUAGAGUAAACCGUGAAAACAAAAUAUUUUUAUUGCAAGAAAAAUGGCAAUAGAACACAUACAUUUUGCAGGUCAUUGAGAUAUAUGUUACCAAUGACUGCAAUAAUUCGAAAUAGAAUUUUUUCAUUUUUGUUAACAUUGUAAGUAUAACGUGAAUAGUUCGAAUGUGUUAAAUGUAAGGUCGGUCAAUUGUUUUCCGAAUUUUGUAUAAAUUUUAAGUUUAAAUUAAAAAUAUAAACCCCAUUAACUACCAAGACCCCCAAGAGCUCAAUCAACGCUUUUCAAUCAGUGGAGUUGCCUAAUCAUUUAAUUUCUCUUCAUAUAAUUUUCGUUCCUAUUGGGUGGCUCAGAUGACCGUUUAGCCACUGUGAAUUUAUU